UAGGGCACAACAACAGUAGUUAGAAGUUAGAACUGCUAGCAGUUUAAUCUUGUAAUUCAAAACGCAGCUCCAUUAAUUCGCCACCGUACCCUCACCGGAGCACCGUGGUUGCACCCUCGCCGGAGAAGCCAGAAUCAAUUUUUUCAAAACUUUGUGUUUAACUUUAUUUUCGAAUAUUUUCAAAGAUGAACAACAAUGAAAAUUGGGAGGAGGAAGAGGAAGACGAAGAAGAGGAUUUGGAAUUUUCCAGAAAUUAUUUUCUAGCAAAGGAAGUUCAAUCUACGGUAAAGAAAUCAAAGCGCAAGAUUACUGACAUCGAUGUUGUUGAUGAACAGGAACUUAGGGAAGCUGCAUUGCAUAUUCAACCUAAGCAUGAGAAUGAGAUUGCUCGGUUAAUGGAUUCUUAUGCAGCUAUGUAUCCUGAAUGGCUUCUCUCCUUAAGCUGUGGCUUUGCUCUUCUAAUGUAUGGCUUUGGGUCUAAGAAGGCUUUGAUUGAAGACUUUGCUUCAAAGACAUUGACCGAAUAUUCUGUAGUUGUCAUUAAUGGGUAUCUUCAAACCAUUAACUUAAAACAGGUUCUAAUAACUUUAGCUGAACUUCUAUGCGAUCAAGUGAAAGCUAAACGAAAGGUUUCCAGCCGGCAGCUCAACUCUCAAUCUAUAGAAGAUCUUCUUACAUUUUUGUAUGAAGUGGAAGUAGAGGACAAGGAUUGUUUUGUUUGUGUAGUCAUUCACAAUAUUGAUGGACCAGGAUUAAGAGACUCUGAAACCCAACAAUAUCUCGCCCGACUGGCUUCUUGUACCCAUAUUCGUAUGGUUGCCUCUAUUGACCAUGUUAAUGCUCCCCUGUUUUGGGACAAGAAUAUGGCUCACACACAGUUCAAUUGGUGCUGGCACCAUGUUCCUACAUUUGCCCCAUAUAAGGUUGAAGGCAUGUUCUAUCCUUUGAUUCUCGCACACGGCAGUGCCAGCCAAAGUGUCAAAACAGCUUCAAUAGUUUUGCAAAGUUUGACACCCAACGCCCAGAGUGUAUUCAAAGUUCUUGCUGAAUAUCAAAUUUCUCAUCCCGAUGAAGGAAUGCCAAUCAGUGACCUCUACUCAGUCUGUCGUGAACGUUUCUUAGUUAGCAGCCAGGUUACCCUUAAUUCUCAUUUGACGGAAUUUAAAGACCACGAGCUCGUCAAAACCAAGAGGCAUUCUGACGGUCAAGAUUGCUUGCACAUCCCUCUAACAACAGAAGCACUUCAAAAGGUUCUACUCGAGAUCAGUUAGUACAGGGGAUCAUGAGAGCAAGCAAAUUAGUUUAUAUAGUCAUUUUCCAAAAAUCGAUGAAGCAAAUUUUAGUCACUUAAUUAAGUUUUGUUCUUGAUCUGGAAAAAAUGUUUUGAUCAUCAAAUUCUACUUAUAUUCGAAGAAAUAGGGACAGGCCCCCCCUCUCAAGCUGAUAGGAUGGGCCAUUAUGUCAAGAGAAAUAGAUACCAAAUGUUUAUCAAUCUAAAUUACAUAACAUGGGUGUAUGUUAUAUCAUUAA